GUUUCUUCCCCGGAUUUUCAAAAUCACCCCAGACACGUACAGUAUGCAGCACUCCGCAUUUGUACCACGUGCUUGUGAUGAGAUUGGACCACGCUCGUAAGACUUGCAAUCUUGCCACUUCGCGACUGAUAUUUACCGUCUCCUCACACCCAGGCUGGCAGCCUCACCUUCACGUCGUUCCCAUCCAACCUAUGCACGUAAAGGGCCCAGCGCUGCACCACAUCGGAGCCCAUCAUGUUCUGUACCUUCCAGGGCACCGCUGAACCCUCUGAUUCGGGUACACUUAAAGAAUCAAAGCCCACGCGAGGUCUACACGCAUGCGGCAACUGUAAGCGUCGAAAGAUACGCUGCGAUGGCCGACAGCCUUGUAACCAAUGCGAGUCGAGGGAUUUACAGGCAAGAUGCGUUUACACCCAACAGAUUCAACGUGUUGUGCCUUCAAAAAGGUCUGCAUUUACUCGAUUCGACAAGAGCUGUGCUGUCCGUGAUGUGAAUCUAACAAUCGUGACAGAACACUUGAAAGCUUGUCCAAAAGCCUCAAAGAACGUGACGCCAUUUUGAGCCGCCUUUUCCCCAAUCACAAUAUUUCAGACCUGGCUUCACUAUCGGUCCAGGAACUGCGUGAAGCCGUGUUACAUGGAGGUUCGACUGAUAAAGUCCUACCAUCUCCCACUGACAGCACCCCUCAAAAGUCUGUUACUCAGGACUCGCAAUGGGACGAAGACCGACGUGAGCGAGACCCGUUGCCUGCUGAGGCUGAUGAUGUCAACGCCUUGUCACUGCCGUUCGACCGACAGGCCUCUUAUCUCGGCAUUUCAUCCAUCAGGGCGGCGCUUGCAGCCAUGCUUCAAGUACGGCCUCAGCUACGUGGCUUGCUAGCCUCUCGCCAGGCAAACAUGAACAACAUUACCAAACACGAUGAGGCUCAGCCUUGUUAUCACCCCCCCCAGCCCUUGUUGGAAUAUCCUCGCAUAAAAUGGAGCAGCAAAGGACAGGCACUGGUUGAUGCAUACUUCCAGCGCAUCCAUAUCUUCACCCCGAUGCUUGAUGAAACCUCGUUCAGAACGAAUUAUCUGAGUAGUCAACGUCAGGAUUCGCCUUGGCUGGCUCUCUUAAAUAUGGUCUUGGCCAUGGGCAGCAUCGUAGCUAGCAAGUCAGGCGAUCGAGACCACUGCAAGUACUACACUGAGGCCAUGAGACACCUCGACCUCAGCGCUUUUGGCAGCAGUCGCAUCGAAACGUUGCAGGCCCUUGCUCUUGCCGGAGGUUACUAUCUUCACUACAUCAACCGACCCAAUAGAGGCAAUGCUAUUCUUGGUGCGGCCUUUCGGAUGGCGAGUGCACUUGGUUUCCAUCGAGAGCCUUCGGAACAGGACGGGGAAGGCGAUCAAUCUGAAGCAGCAGAAGUGAGGCGACGAACUUGGUGGUCUUUGGUCUGCCUGGAUACCUGGACAACAACAACGCUCGGUCGGCCCUCCUUCGGCCGUUUCUCUCCUUCGAUUGAUAUAGAACUACCUAAGCUUGGUAUUGAUGGAGAAGAUGGUUUUGGGCAAGAUAUGGGAAUGACAACCCUAGUUGAGAACAUUCGGUUUUGCAGGAUUGCGACUGAGAUACAGGACAGCUUAGCCGUGACUCCUGUUCUCAACCCUGCAGACCGCGAUCGUUUUGAUGAGUCCUUGAUCAAUUGGCAUACCCACUUACCUUCCGUUCUUUCUAAUGACCGAAACUGCGAUGAACCGGUUCAUCUUGCUCGGUGCGUCAUGAGAUGGCGAUACUGGAACUUGCGCAUGCUUUUGUAUCGCCCAGCACUCUUGGACGCUACAACUAUGACUCAAAUGGGCCAUCAAGCUGACCACGAUGCCAUCGAGAAGUGCCAACAACUCUCCAAGAUAGCCAUUGAAGAUAUAGCAAAGACGUGGCUGAGUCAUCAGAUGUCAGGGUGGAACGCAGUAUGGUUUCUUUACCAGGCCACUAUGAUACCGCUGCUGAGCAUGCUGUGGCAGCCUCAGAGCCCUGCUGUUGCUGAGUGGCGUGACCAGGUCCAGACAGCUCUCAGGCUUUUUGAGGAGAUGCAUGAUUGGUCACUGACUGCUCGCUGCAGCAAGGGAGUUGUGAGCCAAAUAUUUGAAGCCAGUUGCGAAUUGAUGUGCCAAGGAGAGCAGUCUUGUCUUGAACCAGACAUGAAUAACAGUAAGUGCUUAGAUCAAGACUCAUACUUAUGGGCAGAUGGAUUGGAGGUGGAUGAUGUAUUGAAUAUGCUGUGUCAAGAUUGGUCAUGGGAUACAAAUUGCACCUGGACUGAAGAUGGAUUCGUUGAUGCAUGAUAUUAAUAUGUAGUUACCAGCAAGAAUAAGACAGCCCGUCUUUAACCACAUGUAGAUGCCAACGAGACGGCUGUUCGUGGCGUCAGUAAAGAUUGUAAUUAUAUUAUAGACCAAGGCAUGGGCCUUUUCUUGUGAGACGUACUACACUAUAGUUAUUGUAUUACUAACCCAAUGAAGCCAAUCCACUUUUUGAUAAGUAUAAUUCCCCUGUGAACUCUUAUUUUUAUGCCCAUAGGUGAUUGAUGAC